CAACCGGGCGCGAUGGACGUGGACCGGCGCCACAUUCUGUCGCAAGAUGUGUUUCGCGCGCUCAUGCGCAUCGAAGCCCGGCGCGAGUGGAGCGUCACGGAGGCGGACGUCGCCGCGUCCUUGCAUCUGCCCACCAACUAUGUCCGGAAUGCCAUCUCAACCUCGUCUCAGUUUGUCGGACCAGGACCCGGCGCGUACGACCCGAAUCCACGGCUGGCCGCGCCACAUGUCCCCGUGCUGCACUCGGGGCCAGCGCGCGAAGUCCAUUUUACUCCCGACCAUGUGAUCCCGCACGAGACGUAUCGCCACGGCCGGGCGAGUGAGCGCACCUGCGUCUACCCCAGCCUCUCGAGAUCGAGCCCGGUUCGGCGCAAGGGACCGUCGACAGCGACGACGGCCAAGACGCCGCCACGUCGCCGACGCGGUGUGCCAGAAGUGAUCAUCCACGAACCGUCGGAGGCGUCGCUGCCUGCGAUCGGCUUUUCGUUUCCGCAAGCCGAUCGUCCGUCGAAUGCGUCAAGUGCGACGCCCGAGCACGUGAGCGCAGCCACAUACGACCCCCGCCCAUUGUCCAAGCCACUGGACGUCGAGCCGUCACGCAUGAUUGUCGGCUUUCACUCGUCGCUGGCCCGAGAGCCCCAGUGGAUGCCCAACCCGGACCGCGUGACGCACGACGAGAUCUACCGAGACCGACUCCAGCGGCAAACACGAGCCGCGAAGAGUAUUCUCGAGACGACGGCGCCGUCGGUGGUCGCUGGUGACCGCAGUUUUUCGGGGGCCACGGGGGCCGGUCCGCGCAAGCCCAGCUUUGAUCCGUUCGAGUGGGCGCAUUUACAGACCAUGGUCGAGACCGCCGACGGCAGCAACCCAUUUCUUAUCCCACCCCGCGUGUCGACGCCAGAGUACUUUCGACGCGGCUCCGCCGACGCGACGCCGUCGGCGCUGGCGCUGCCCGACGACGACCGCCGCGCACCCAUCACGUGUCAUUUUCCCAACGGCCUCUCGCUCACGUUUCGAAUCGGCGUCGCGCGGGCGGUGCGCGACCUCAAGGUGGCAAUCGCCAAGAAGCUCUCGGCGCGGCCGACGCUCGAAACGAAGCACCUUGACUUGCGCGGACAGGACGUGCAGCCCAACAUGCUCGUUCUUUAUUUCCACGGCAAGGCACUCGACGACAAGGCACUCUUGACCGAUGCGGGCCUCGAGGAUCGGAGCCACGUUGUUGUCGCGUUCGACAUGAAGUCGAAAUAA